GAUGUGAUGUACAUGUUCUGACUGUGCAUUUACUGCGCCCUCCAAAGGGGCUUUAAUGCAAGUGCAGCGGUAAUAUCGGUUUGCAUUCUAUUCUAUUAAUAACAAGAGCACUAACGUAUGCUGGGUCAACAUUAUCUUGUGACUGGCCACGCUCCCUCUGAAAGGACAUUCGGUAGUUUUCGUCGGCUCUAGUCUUAUCAAUACAAGUUGCGAUCUUAUCAGUGUCAGAUACUUGUUCAGAUACUGAACAAGACUAGACAAGUUUAUCUUAAAGUGUAGACUGUCUGUAGAGUUGGUCAAACGAGGGUAUUGUUGGAUUUUCAUCCAGUCUUUAAGGAGGGUAGAAAAGAAGUGUUCAUGACCUCCAGCUACAAUGUCCCGGGACACGUUUGCCUUCACGUCGGCCUCCCUGCGCUCCCUGCGCCUGGACCAGGAGCUGCAGGACUGGGAGGAGGCCCGUAGAGCUCUGGCCCAGCGACGGGCGCUCAUUAGGCGGCCGCUGCCGCCAGCGCCACGCCUCAGACACGGGACGGAGAGGAUCCAGACGGUGCGAGCCCCUCCGCCCCAGCUGCACUGCAGAGACCCCGUCAUCCACAAUACGUUCAUGUGUGGUGACAUGAAGGGUGUGUACGCCGUGCUCAAAGAGCCCGGCAUGGUGAACGCACUGAUGGAGACUCUACGCGAGGAAAUGGUGUGGACCCCAGAGAUGGGCAUGUGGACUAUGUCCUCCAAAGUGAAGCAGACGUCUGCACUGCGCCUGGCUGCCAGUGAGGGGCACUAUGGCUGUGUGGAGGAGCUGUUGUUCCGGGGAGCAGAGGUGGAUGCAGACCCAGGCGGGAGGACAGCCCUCCAUGAUGCCUGCUCUGGGGGUCACCACGCCUGUGUGAAGCUCCUGCUGGACCACGGCGCUGACCCCGACGUGUUUGCUGCUGACGGCAAUGCACCGCUUCACCUCUGCAGCACUGCUGACACCUACCUUUGUGUGGACUUGCUGGUGAGCAGCGGCGCUGACGUGAACGUGGCCCAGCGCGACUCGUGCCUCACGCCCCUGCACGUGGCCUGUCGCCGCGGUCUCCAGGAGCACGUGGAGAUCCUGCUGGCGCACGGGGCCAACGUGGGUGCCCAGAGCCGCGAGGGCGAGACGCCGCUGAACGCGGCCUGCGCCGGGGCCGAGAGACCCUCGGAGGCGGCCCGCUACCUGCGCGUGGUGCAGACGCUGCUGGCGGCGGGGGCAGACGCACGGACGGCCGGGCGGAAGCAGCACACAGCCCUCCACAACGCCUGUGGGAACUGUAGCCGUCGCAUUGCCGACCUGCUGCUGCAGCACGGGGCCCAGGCAGACGCGACGAACGCUGCAGGGCACACGCCCAUGGACUGCCUGCUCCAGGUGGUUGAGGAUUACCCAGAGCAGCACCCAGAACUAGUGGCUCGCUCACUUCUGAACAAUGGGGCAAAGGUUCCUUCUUCUACAAUGCUGAAACUGUACGUCCCAUUCCCUGCCUUACUGGAGAUGAUGCUAAACUGUUACGAUGUUAUUCCUGCCUGCAAUGACUGGCUACAGGACAUCCCAGACGAACUAAUGAAGGAGCAUCAGACUUUCUUUAACUCUGUUUGCCGAAUGAGUGGUCAACCCCGCAGGCUCCAACACCUCUGUCGAUGUUCACUGCGAUGCCACCUUGGGGCGCGAUAUCACUCUGCCAUUAAUAAGUUGAACAUCCCUUGCUCCCUGAAAGAUUAUCUGCUAUUGCGCAUCGACGGACAGCUCCACUGAAACACAAGAACACUGGACAUAACGAACAACGAUCGCAUUCAGAUAAAAACGUUAGCAGAACGCAUAUAGCCAUAAACUGGGCUGUGUUAUAGUAUUUCUCUUGGCACUUACCUCAUCUCACCUUGAUACUGUGAAUGACUUGUACUGUGCUGUGCCUGACAGGUCACAGGGUGAAUAUAAGCAGAAUCCAUUUCUGUUCUUCUUUUCUGUCUUUACCCUGCCUGGUAAGGACUGCCUGGUUCGUGGCAGUUUAUGGCCGUUCAUGACAAUCAACCAGGCACUAAAAAUGUUUAAGAGCAGCCAAGAAAGUAUUUAAGUUAUGCUACUACUAAGUCAUCAAAGAUUUCGUUAAGGCAUUGUUACAGAUGUCCUAUACCAUUUUAGUGUAAACAGUAACGUUACUAUUAUAAAUAAAUAAUCGACAGCGUGACUUUA